CCCAACGGCGCAGGACAGGCCGAUGCGGAGCGCCCGCCGGGGAAGGUUGGGAGCGGGUCCCCCUGGGGGCAGGCGCGCCCGCCGCUGCUCCUGAGAAAGUGAGCGAGCGAGCGAGGGAAAGAAAGUGAGGCGCGCCCAAACUCCGCGCCGGGCGGGGAGCGUCGCCAGACUCGAGGUCCAGACGGGAGCUGCUUCGGGGUGCGCGCCGCCGCCGCCGUGUGCACGGCUUGAGAUGCCCCCCUGCGGGCUCGGCCACUAGCCCGGCCGCUCGGUGCAUGGCACAGCUAUGGAGGUGGUGGACGAGACGGAGGCUCUGCAGCGCUUCUUCGAAGGUCAUGAUAUUAAUGGAGCUCUUGAACCAUCAAACAUCGAUACCAGCAUCCUGGAAGAAUACAUUGGCAAGGAGGACUCACCAGAUAUCUCUGAUUUGGAUGCUAUCACUGACAUUCCAGCCUCAGCCAGCUAUCCUCAUGCCCAGCCCUCCAGCUCUGCCACUGUCAAUGCAGCUGUUUCCAGUGUUGGUCAUGUGACCAAUGCUCUAUCCAGUGGCAGCCUCCAUCAUGGUCCCCCAAGCACCCAAGUACCAAUCCGGCAUGGUCUCCAUCAUGGCCCCCCAAACAGCCAAGUCCCAAUCCGGCAUGGUCCUCCUUUGCCCAACCCAUGUGGACCCAGCUACAGCACUCACCUCAACUGCAAUAACAACAAUGGCAUGGUGGUGCCCAAGGGCUACCUCAGUAGCCACUGCCUGACCAGCAUUGCCCCUCCAAUCAAAUCGGAGCUCAAGGCAUCUUACGCACCUGGCACUUUACCCGACUCUCCCCCAGACUCUGGAUCAGAAGCGUACUCCCCCCAGCAGGUGAAUGAUCCACACCUCCUUCGAACCAUGACUCCUGAGAAUAUGUGUCAUAUGACUCCCCCUUCCCGGCUGGAGCACCCCCCUCCUCCACCUCCGCCCCCACCACCUCCACCAUCCCACCUCCAGGGGCCACCACCUCCACCAUCUCACCUCCAAGGGCCGCCGCCACCACCUCCGCCACCUCACCCACACCAGCAGCAACACAACCAUCACUAUCCUAGCAUUCAGCGGGAUAUGUAUAUGAAGGCUGAACCUUUGAUGCCACAGUUCACAAUUGGACAGGGCAUGUCACCUGGGGAUCUCCACCAUGCCCAGCAGUCACAGAUGCUUCACCAACUACUACAGCAGCAUGGAGGAGACCUUCCAGUGCACCCUGCCAAAAAGAGGAAACACUCAGAGUCACCCCCAAAUACUCUCAAUGCCCAGAUGCUCAACGGAAUGAUAAAGCAGGAGCCAGGUACAGGGUCUGUGCCACUGAAUCCUGAAAGAGUCCAAACACCUCCCUGGCAUCAGCAGGGGGCACUCUCACCAGGCCUGAUUCAGGACAAUGACAGCUUGAAUGGGUCUUACCUGGAUCCCAACUAUCAGUCUAUAAAAUGGCAGCCACAUCAGCAGAACAAGUGGGCAACUCUGUACGAUGCUAACUACAAAGAGCUACCGAUGCCCACAUACCGGGUGGAUGCAGAUAAAGGCUUCAACUUCUCUGUGGGUGAUGAUGCUUUUGUAUGCCAGAAAAAGAAUCACUUCCAGGUCACAGUCUACAUUGGUAUGAUUGGUGAUCCCAAGUAUGUCAAGACUCCUGAGGGCCUGAAGCCGCUCGACUGCUUCUACCUGAAGCUACAUGGUGUCAAGCUGGAGGCCUUGAACCAGUCAAUCAACAUAGAACAGUCACAGUCUGACCGCAGCAAACGGCCCUUUAAUCCUGUCAUGGUCAAUUUGCCUGCAGAGCAGGUUACAAAGGUCACCGUGGGCCGGUUGCACUUCAGUGAGACCACAGCCAAUAACAUGAGGAAGAAGGGUAAACCUAAUCCUGACCAGAGGUACUUCAUGUUGGUUGUGGCCCUGCAAGCCCACUCCCAGAACCAGAACUACACCCUGGCUGCCCACAUCUCUGAGCGCAUCAUUGUUCGACAAAGGGCCGGUUCGGGGGUAAAACACAAACAGAGGGCGGACGGGGACCCCGGAGUCUGCAGACAAGCCUCUAACCCGGGUCAGUUUGAGAGUGACAGUGACGUACUCUGGCAGCGUGCUCAGCUCCCCGACACUGUCUUUCACCAUGGCCGAGUAGGCAUCAACACGGACCGCCCCGAUGAAGCCUUGGUUGUUCAUGGCAAUGUGAAAGUGAUGGGGUCUCUUAUGCAUCCAUCAGACAUCAGAGUAAAAGAUGAGAUCCAGGAGGUGGAUACCACAGAACAGCUGAAGAGAAUCUCCCGCAUGCGUCUGGUGCACUAUAAUUACAAGCCAGAGUUUGCUGCCACCGUGGGCCUUGAGAAUACAUCCGAGACGGGUGUCAUUGCUCAGGAGGUAAAGGAGAUUCUCCCAGAAGCAGUGAAGGACACUGGGGACAUGGUCUUUACCAGUGGGAAAACCAUUGAGAACUUCCUAGUGGUGAAUAAGGAGCGCAUUUUCAUGGAGAACGUAGGGGCAGUGAAGGAACUUUGCAAACUGACAGACAACCUGGAGACCCGAAUUGAUGAGCUGGAGCGGUGGAGUCAUAAACUUGCCAAGCUCAAACGACUGGACAGCAUGAAAUCAACUGUUAGCUCUGGAGCAUUCAGUCAAGCAGGGAGCCAGUUCAGCCGUGCAGGAAGCAUGCCACACAAAAAGAGGCCACCCAAACUGGCCAGCAAGUCCCCUUCUGUGGUCACAGAUCAAGCUUGUAUCAGCCAGCGUUUCCUACAAGGAACCAUCAUUGCCCUAGUGAUCAUCAUGGCAUUCAGUGUGGUGUCCAUGUCUACUCUCUAUGUGCUAAGCUACCGCAAUGAGGAGGACUUUGUGGAUAUUGAAGGUUCUUUUGCUGUGCCUACCACUUGCCUCUUGGCUGUCUUUCGGCACAAAGGUCCUGGCAUUCCAGUUGCUCUCUGUCCACGGUCCAGUCAGAACAAUGAUAAGAGUCCAGUUAUAUAUUCCACUGCUUCCUCAUCAAACACACCUAACGAUGCCUCCACUACACAGCAUGCCACAACACAUGUGCCUGACACUUAUUAUGGCUUGUCUGCCCGUAGCAUAGUAGUUUGUGCCAACCCUCCUUGUUUCUCCAUGUGCUGUUCUUCUGUUCCCAACAAUAUAUCAUCUUCUGCAACUUCAGAGACCACCACCAUUGUUGCCACCAACCGAACUGACCAAAGUUUCAUGUCACUCCUGCCAGUGACCAACAUCAAAGCCAAAUCUAGGGGAGUCACGGGCAAGGCGGCUUCCCACACGAAGUGGCCAAAGACAUCGGAGCGAUCACGGGGUUAUGGCAGCCCCAAUGCCAGCCCGUCUGCCCCUUUCAUCCACAUCCAGGGCAAGUCCAAGUACAUCUCCAACCUCCCUCUAACACACAACAGCUUCCCAGCAGGACAGGCACGAUGGCAACGUAGCAUCAGCCAACCAAGCUCUGAGAAGCCUGGCACAGGGAGCACCAGCCAGCGGGAAAUGGCUCCUGUGUUCCAGUCCAUCUCACUUGUGGAGAGUAAUGUGACCAUCACAUCUCAGCCCUGUGCAGCUGAUGAUACGUGCAGGACAGGAAACAUCACCUACCGCAUCCCCAUCAGCAAGUUUACUGCAGUGAACACAAAUAUUACCUUGGAGAUGAAUGCCAGCUCUGCUGCUUUUGGCUAUCUUUGUGGCCUCGUCUCCAGCAGCCCAUGUCAACAUACCACUGUGAGCACAGACAACUUCACAGAUACAACGGAAACCCAGGGAGCAACAUACCGCUGGUCUGUGGUGAUGAUGCCAUUUCAAGAGUUUACCUACCACUUCCGAUUAGCCAGACCUGACCAAGCUAACUGCAGUUCUUCUAUGGAGCAGAUGGGCUCUCUCUUUACUGACUAUUACUUCCAGUUCUACUGGCUCUGUGGAAUCAGAGAGAAGGGCUGUACAUAGAUGUCAAACAUUUUCACUGGUAAAUUUACAUCAGUUUUAUCUCCGAGAAUCUGAUAUGUAUAAUCCAUGAUAACAGUAGUGUUCUUUACAUCACAGUUUUGGUUUUAUAGUUUAAACAUGCUAUAACUACAUAAUGUAUCUAUAUAGCACCUUUUUGUCCCAAAGUGCUUCACAGUAUUGGGGAAGAGAGGAACCAAGACAAGAAAAUAGGAGUUUUGGUUGGUAUCCUGAGGUUAUCAGCUAGACUGGUUGCUGUAGUGUCUUCACCCUACUCACUUGUCUCCAAAGGUGUUCUCACUAGUGCCACUUACAUCCUCUCCCGAAAUAGAAGAGUAAAGGGUUAACAACUGGCUAGCGUCAGGGGUUGGCAUUGUUGGGCAAAUGCUGAGGGCCCAGGACCCUCACAGGGGCCCACUAUGUCCCCCAAGACCCCCUCUAUGCCCAUAGUCUUUGUGUGGUAAUGAGAAUCUCAGGGCACACAGAGGUAGCAAGGGCCCCCCUGAAACCUAGAGUAAGUCUUGGUGGGUCCUUUUCUUGAGUCUGACAGAAGGAGCUCUGAGUUGGUGCUUCAAGCCUAGCAGGAAGUUCUCUUUCCUUAGAGCAGGAACAUGAGGCGCUCUCUCUCUCUCAACAUUUGGGGGGAUAAGAAGGAAAACAAUCUGGAGCCAGCUUUUAAAGUUUGGCCCCUCUGAAGGGCUCAGAAUGAGUUCCCAAAAGGAAAAUUAAUAAGCCUUUUCUUUUCUUGUUAAAAGCUUAAAGCCUGUAAAUAGACGUUUGCGCCACCACUGUGAGCCUUAAGGAAAAUAAAGCACUAAUGUGUUUUUGUUUAAAUGUUGCUAUCACAGCUUUAAUCCCUGUAUAUUGCUCAAGAUUUCAUCUUCUUAGUUAAUAUUAUAUUAAUGAAGUUUUUGUUGUCUUGCUUUGGUGGAGGAUAAGUGUGGAUGCAUUUCCCCCUACUGCUUUCCUGAUUUGUAUUUAUAUUUUAUUUUGGUUUUUAUGGAGUACUGGUGCUCAGAACUCCUAUUUCUUUUUUCUUAUGUAGACUUUUAUUCAUAAGAAAUGUACCUAUAUAAAUAAAUAUAUAAGUAUACUACUUUGUAUCCAAGAUUUGGCUCAUGGUGUAUUCCUCAAUCUCAUGGCAUUAAUACAAACAAUUUAAGUGUUCAGUGAUUUCACAAGGGACUUAAUCCAGCGACAAUGAGCCAUUGAAGUAAAUCCUUUUGAAAUCACUGAAACAUCUUACACAUGCUGAGCUCAUUGAUUUCAAUGAGUCAUGCAAUUCCAGUGCAUGUUUAAUUGAAAUGAAAUCUCACUGAGUUUAGGGGAGGACUUACUCCCAAGUAAAUGUGCAUCGGAUUGCAUCCUUUGGUGUGACUAACUUUAGUUAAACUGUUCUGCAGUCCGUAAAAGAAUUUCUAACAUUUUCAGUUAGCAAUGCUAUCAUUCAAGUCUAAAUAAAAUCCUUAUUCUUUUCUCUGG